AUGGUUGUUGGCCUGUAUGCAAUGAAGAAAGGGUUUGACUACUACGUUAGGAAGUCCGGUACUGAUAUUUGGUACGUCACAUGUAAGGAUACAGAUUGUGGGUGGAGAUUAAGAGCGAAGAAGAACAUACUUUCUAACAUGUUUGAGGUGAGUACAUUUCAUAAUGUACAUACAUGUUCCCUUGAUCUUCGAGGAAAAGAUAACCGUCAAGCAUCACCUUUGAUAGUUGCCCAUCUAAUUAAGGAUAAGUUCGCAACUGACGGCUCGGAUCACUUGGCCUCUGAUAUAAGAAAAAGUAUCCACAAGGAUUAUGGGAUCCAAAUGAGUUAUGAAAAGGCAUGGAGGUGCAGAGAGAAGGCACUACACCUAGCUCGGGGUACACCUGAAGAUUCGUACUCGAAAUUACCUAGUUACUUGCACAUGCUACAGUUGAGAAAUCCUGGUACCAUCACGAAUUUUGUGGUAGAAGAUGGUCGCUUCAAGUAUUGUUUCUUCUCUCUGGGUCCUUCUAUUCGGGGGUUUAGAUUUUGUCGACCUGUUGUAUGCGUUGAUGGGUCUUUCUUGAAGACUAGGUAUGGUGGGCAAAUGUUGUGUGCAGUGGCUUUGGAUGUAGGGAGUCAUAUCUUUCCGAUAGCUUUUGCUAUAGUUGACAAUGAAAACCACAAUUCCUGGACCUAUUUUAUGAGAAAAUUGAAAGAAACGAUUGGUGAUGUUGAGAACUUAGCCUUUGUUUCGAAUAGGCAUCAAAGCAUUGUUCGUGCUUUGGAUAUCGUGUUCCCUGAUGCACACCACGGUGCAUGCUACCACCAAUUUAUUAUGAACGUCAGCCACAAGUUCAAGACUGACAUCUUCACGAAUCACAUUUACACGUGUGCCUACACGUAUUCAAGAUCAGAGUAUCACAGAGAAUUUGAGAACAUUCAGGCAAUGAAUGCUACGGUUGCACAAUAUCUUGAGGAAAUUGGAUUUGAAAAAUGGGUCCGGUCGUACUUUCCAGGGGUACGUUACAAUGUAAUGACGAGCAACUGGGCUGAGAGCUUCAACAACACAACUAAGGAUGCAAGAGGCUUCCCGAUCACUACUGCUGUAGCAUUCCUGAGGUCCAGAGUCCAAAAGUGGUUUGCUUCACGAAAAGAAAAAGCUGACAAGUGGACGAAACCCCUAGCACUAGAAAUGGAGGAGGACUUGACAUUGCAUUUUGAAAAAGGUCGGUAUUUGAACGUUGACUCAUGCGAACCUUACACGUUGCAGGUUCACUCUGGAGGAACAGUUCUGACCGGUGGCGUAGUGGACUUGCAGGAGCAUACUUGCACUUGCGGCUUGUUCCAGUGCAUGAAGUUUCCUUGUCCUCAUGCAUGUGCUGCAUCUCAGGAGCGAAGUAUUAGCGCGUACACACUAUGCUCGCCAUAUUACACGACUGAAUAUUGGAGGAGGACAUCUGAAGGAACAAUUAUGCCAGUUGGUGACGAGGAUGAUUGGGAAUUGCUUGAUGACAUAAAGAACUGUGUACAGAACAUGUCAUCAUCAUCCGGUUUGUAA